AUGGCAAAACACACUUCCCUUUUCAUACUUUCAUGGCUAUUUGCCUAUAGCAUUUCGAAAACUAUUGCACAUUCAUCUCACAAAACUCAAAACAAAACAUCCCCACAUUAUAACAUCCAUACAUAUCCUCGCCAAAGUGACAAGGUGAUGAACAAAAUCGACUCGUGCUGGCGGGCUGACCCGAAUUGGGCCCUGACCCGGAAGGCGCUAGCCGAUUGUGCAAUAGGAUUCGGAAGUGGGGCCGUGGGAGGGAAGAACGGGGCUAUAUACAUCGUGACUGACGCGUCAGAUGACGCGAUUAACCCUAAGCCGGGUACGCUUCGUUAUGGUGCGAUCCAAGCCCAACCGCUAUGGAUCAUAUUUGAAAGCGACAUGAGUAUUAAACUCGAUAACGAGUUGAUUGUGAAUAGUUAUAAGACUAUUGAUGGUAGAGGGGCGCGAGUAGAGAUAUCAAAUGGGCCGUGCAUUACUAUUGAGGGCGUGAGCCAUGUCAUAGUCCACGGGCUUAGCAUCCACGACUGCAAGCCCGGGAAGCCCGGCCUGGUGCGGAGUAGCACGGACCAUGUCGGGCACAGGCUCGGUAGUGAUGGAGAUGGAAUUACCGUUCUUGGUUCGUCUAAUGUAUGGAUUGAUCAUUGCUACCUUGCUCGUUGCACGGAUGGUCUUCUUGACGUGACACAUGCAUCAAAUUUUGUUACUCUUUCCAACAAUUACUUUACUCAGCAUGAUAAGGUGAUGCUGCUGGGACAUAAAGAUGGAUUUACAGAUGACAAAAUCAUGAAAGUGACGGUGGUUUUUAAUCACUUUGGGUCUGGAUUGGUGCAAAGAAUGCCAAGAGUUCGAUAUGGAUAUGCCCACGUAGCCAACAACAGGUACGAUAAGUGGAUUAUGUAUGCAAUUGGUGGGAGUGCCGAUCCAACUAUCCUAAGCGAAGGCAAUUAUUUUGUGGCUUCCGAUCAAGUUAAAGAGGUAACAAAACGUGAGACGAAGGAGAGUUGGAAGAGCUGGAAGUGGAGGUCGACAAAGGACGUGUUCGUAAACGGGGCAUAUUUUAUCCCAUCAGGAUAUGGAAGUGUUGCUCCAAAUUAUUUGGCAUCGCAACACUUUGAAGCCGCAGUCGGAUCAAUGGUUCCUGCUUUAACAUCCGAUGCUGGUCCCCUCUUUUGUUCACCUCACCACCAAUGUUGAUCUAACACUAUCAUUUUUACGUUGUUUUUCGAUUUUAU